AUGGCGAUCGCCAACCGCAACCAUGGCAUGAGGGAGGCCUCACCCUUUGGCCCUUCACCUUCACCACAACCCACACAACCACUCACUAAGCGCGACGUGCGACGGAACAGGAUCAUGGAGAAGCUGAACGGCAUGCUCGAUGGCUUCAACCAGAACCAGCACCAGCACUACAGGGCACAACUCCAGGCCGUCCAGGUCGACAUGACCUUGGUGCUUCGCGCCGACCCUUAUGGCCCAGACGCUCCGCUGGGCGACCAGCCCGACGACAUACAAGACGCCAUCCAGACUGUCAUGAGGGCUGAUGCGAAUGGCAAUGCAGGAUUGAGCUUGCCACAAGAUGAAGCUGCACAACAAGACUACUGGGCAGUGGCUGGCAAGCGAUACACCGACUUCGUCCGAGAGGUCAACGAUGCGAUCGAGCGACGAGAUGCCGACCUGACAGCACUGCACAACGGCUACAAUGCCUCACUCGCCGAGCUCGACAAGACUUACUCGCAGCGAAUACAACAAGCAGAGGAGGAGCACAAAGCACUCUCUGCCACCAUCCGACAACGGCUGUCCACCACACUCCACAAGAAGCGGCAGCUGCUACUGCGAGAUAAAGAGCAACUUGAUAUCGCCGACAGCAAUGCCAUGCUCAUGCACCCGAAUCACUUCAGCAUUGGCAACAACCCAGGCUCGCCCAGUCAGAACGGAACAGCGAUCAACAAGAGGACGAGACAUCUGAGACACAAUCGCGGCCCAAGUCCAGCUCCUGGCGAACUGGGCGAGAAUGGCAAGAGAAAGCGGAAGUUCCCACAUGGAGAUGAUGAUCAUGGCAAUGAAUCUCCUGCGUAUCUCGCUGGUGGACGUAGUCCGUUCAAGGAUGCCAGGACACAGCGAGAGUACGCACAGUUCGAUGCCCCAGCAUACAGCCUCGAGAGACUCUUCACCGACAAAGAGCUUGCCAUGGCGACCGAGACUGCCAAGAUCGCAACCUAUAAAUACUUCCACCAACCACAAGAGAAAGAGCAAGGGCCGAGUAGCAAUGACACGGCUGUGCCAUCGGUGGACGGCGAAGUGGUGGAGUCUGCCGAGACAGUUCCUGAUGAACAGAUGCUGGACGCGGGCACAGCACCCACCAACGGCACAGAUACUCCUCCACCUUCGGAACCACCUGCUGCUGCGACUGGCAUGGAACGAAGUGCAUCGCAUCAAGUCCUGACACGGGGUGGAGCACGUGCCAACCCUCUCGCAGCACUUUCGGAUCUGGCCAAUGCAGCGGCGGCGGCCUCUUCCACGGCGCCCAUCAUUCGAGACAAUCCUUUCGCGCCCGUACCUCCUGCCUACCACGCCGUCGCCCGAAGCGAAAAGUCCGGCGCCCCAGCUCCUCCGCCUGUGAACUCGGUUGAUAUGGACAACGAUUUUAACAUGAUGAACGCAGCCGGCGCAGACCACCCCAGGGGAGACAAUGAGGAUACCGACAUGGAUGCGGAUGCUGCAGAUCGCGCACGACACUUGCGACGACAACUGCUAGAUCAAGCAUUGGGCAUGUCAGGUGUGCAAGCUCCAUAUCGAUUGCCACAGCUCGAGACUGGUCCAGGUGCCCUAAUCGGCCGCGGUGUGGAACGGGAGCCGAGGAGUGGGUUUGCACCCUUGCUGCCGGCUGCUGUCCAGAUCGAAUCCAGGACGAAGGGUAUCACGAGGCUUGAAGGCGGCAGUCUUGCUGCCGCGUUGAGCGGCCGACUUGGUGCAGAGCCUCUGAGUAGGACGACUAGCGCGGGAGGUAUCAGUGAGCUUGGCGAGGCGUUGGGGAAGAGAGGCGGAAAAGGGAAGCUUGUAUAG